AUGACUAAGUCUAUCUGUUUGCUGCUACUAAUUCGACCUAGGAUUCAAGGACCGAUACUGACAAUCACGGUUGGGGCAUCAAGAGAACCUUUCCAUGUCCAUGAAUCAAUCAUCUGCGCUUCUUCUCUCUUUUUCAAAACAGCUAUGUCAGGAUCGUGGAAGAAGUCCAACGAGUACACUCUUGAACUCCCGGAAGAUGACCCCAGGACAUUUGCUCUAUAUUCACACUGGCUUUACUUCGCCAAAAUCCCCGUGCGUUACCUUCCCCAUCAAAACACGGUCAAUUUUGCGUUCUACAACACGACCAAUUCUGCUGAAAUUUGCAGCCUGUUUGUGGAUAUGUAUGUGUAUAGUGCGGAAGCCGGAUCCCUCUCCACCGAGUUUUCAAAGGAAUUUCUCUUUUCGGUUGCCGAAGCUUUCAUCAAGAAAAGAUCGCCCCUUUCUAAGCGCUUCAAAGUAUGCGACUACUACGUGCGUCCGGCAAGGGAGGGGCAAAGUUUGAAGCGAAAGCGCAUAAAAACAGAGCUUUAG